CCUCGCACCCCCCGCCACAAAGCAAAGUAAACAAAGCCCUUGUCCGACUAGGGCAGAUAUCAAAUCUCCACCACCGACCGCUGCUCGCAUGUAUCGCAAUCUUCGCAAGCGGCUUCGCGAUAGUGUCCAGGACAUCAACGAGACCCUGUUGGAAAUGGCCCUCGACGCGCGGCUCAUGCCCUCGUCCUCGUCCUCGUCGUCGGGCCUCGCCGCCGUCGCCUCGUCCGCCUCGACGCCCUCGCUGCGCUCCCGCGAUGGCAGCACGCCCGUGCCCGCCAGGAUGGACGGCGGCGGCAACGUGAGGGUCGUUGUGCGCGUGCGCGCCUUUUUGCAAAGGGGUAUGUAUGUUGUCGAUGAGACGCCAUGACGGGUACCAAGUAGGCAGGCCACGUUGCUGACCGCACGGACGCCUACACACACACAGAGAUCGAAAAGGCGACGAGAUGCCUCAUCGACAUGGACCCCAUCACCCAGGUCACAACCCUCAGGGCCCCCGAGAUCCCCGGCACCCCCAAUGGCAAGCAGAGCCUGCGCGGCAAGGUCAUCGAUGACAAGCAGUUCGCCUUUGACAACUCCUUCUGGAGCCACGACGUCGCCGACGCCCACUACGCCCACCAGGAGGACGUCUACAACAGCCUAGGCGAGGAGUUCCUGGAUCACAACUUCGAGGGCUACCACACCUGCAUCUUCGCCUACGGCCAGACGGGCUCCGGCAAGAGCUACACCAUGAUGGGCACGCCCGAGCAGCCCGGUCUCAUCCCCCGUACGUGCGAGGACCUCUUUGAGCGCAUCGAGGCGGCGCAAAACGAAGACUCCAACGUCGCCUACAAUGUGCGCGUCUCCUACUUUGAGGUCUACAACGAGCACGUCCGGGACCUGCUGGUGCCCGUCGUCCCCAGCUCCGCGCCGCCGCACUAUCUCAAGAUCCGCGAGUCGCCCACCGAGGGCCCCUACGUCAAGGACCUGACCGAGGUGCCCGUCCGCAACAUCAACGAGAUCAUGCGCUACAUGAAGCUGGGCGACUCGUCGCGCACGACGGCGAGCACCAAGAUGAAUGACACUAGCAGUCGAAGCCAUGCAGUUUUCACCAUCAUGCUGCGGCAGAUACACCACGACAUGGAGACGGACGAGUCGACGGAGCGCAGCUCGCGCAUCCGCCUCGUCGACCUGGCCGGCAGCGAGAGGGCCAAGUCGACCGAGGCCACGGGCGCGCGCCUUCGCGAGGGCAGCAACAUCAACAAGUCGCUCACCACGCUGGGCCGCGUCAUUGCCGCCCUCGCCGACCCGAAGCAGCUCCGCUCGGGCAAGCGCAAGGACGUGGUGCCCUACCGCGACUCCAUCCUAACGUGGCUCCUCAAGGACUCGCUGGGCGGCAACAGCAAGACGGCCAUGAUUGCCUGCAUCGCCCCCUCCGAUUACGAGGAGACGCUCUCGACGCUGCGCUACGCCGACCAGGCCAAACGCAUCCGCACGCGCGCCGUCGUCAACCAGGACCACAUCUCCACGGCCGAGAGGGAUGCGCAAAUCGCGGCCAUGGCCGAGGAGAUUCGCCUGCUACAAGUGUCAGUGUCGGACUCGCGGCAGCGCGAGAAGAACGCCAAGGAGGCCGAGGAGAAGCUCGAGGAGUACCAGCAGCGCGUGGCACAGAUGCAGCGCAUGAUGGAGGAGCGCAGCAUGGUGGCCGAGAGCAAGAUCAAGAAGCUGCAGACGGAAAACGAGGCCCUCAAGCUGCACCUCAAGCUAGCCAUCGACAGCCUCAAGAACCCGAUCCCUGCCGUCACCAUCAGAUCCGCCCCCGACCAAGACGACCACCUAGGGGGCGGCGAGGGCAAGAACGUGGACAAGGAGAACAGCAACAGCAGCCACGGCAAUGGCGAGGACGCCGAGUACGACGACGGCGACGACUACGACUACGACUCGGACAGCACGGCCGCGGGUGACGAGCUGCACGAGGAGAUGCAGCGCUACCUCACCGACAUGAGCAACCUCCGCAAGCUCAUCGGCGGCGACCUGUCGCGCUUCAAGGACGACGCCAGCGUACGGAUGCCCCUGGGGACACGAAGGAACGUGUAAGAAAAGAAGGGCGCGCCACUCACUGGACACGAAUUUGCGUGACUGGGUGUAAAAAGAGAGGCAACAAGCGACACGAGCUCUACUGUACAGACUGACGAUGGGUUACAAGCGCUGGAGUUUGGGAAGGGUUUCCACUGACGACCACCAUUGCUUUGGGGCUACAUAGAUAUGACCUUGUUUUUUUUUACUUUUUGUGUAAAUGACCAUUCAUGGAGAACAGCCGUCGACCAAGUUUCACUGGACAAUAUCAGGUCGGUACUGCGGUUUGUAGACUG